AUGGUCAUUAACAAGAUGUCUUUCCAAGGGAAUAAACUAAAUGGAUGCUCAUUUUUCUACAGGGCAGCAAUUGCACAUCAAAAGCCUUGGACUUCUGAAAGAGAUCCCAAGAUGCACCUACUGUUCUGCACUCUCUUCCUUUCCCUGAUCAUAGAAGGGCCCCUGGCCAAUGAAAUCAGCAGUAAUCUUAAACUCCAGAAGAGAUCAGUGAAGAAAAGUCCCCCUCAGUUGAUCCCAGAUGAAACCUACAGUGCUCAAGACCAGAAUGAUGACAUCCAACAUUCUAGUAGAAACGUUAGUGUUUUCUAUGACACUACUAUGAGUUGGACUUUGUUCCCAGGAUCUGUCCCCACCGGAGCUGUGCCUCACUGGAAUAGCUAUGCUGGCAGAUGGGAAUAUCCUUGCAUUGAGCUGCACUGUGCUGCUGGCUAUUACAGUCCCAGCCGGGGUCCUUAUUGCUAUUACCCAUAUGGAAACAAAGAAUAUUCCACUUCUGAGUUCUGGAUUUUGGUGAAUGGACAUGACUUUGAAUCCCUAAGCUGGAAGGGGGGUUCAUGGGGUAAAGUCCCACCCAAUUCCAUCAACACCUGUGCAGGUAUAAAGUUAUUUGUUGGUAAAAAUAAGUAUGGAUUAGGGAAGGUAGAUAGUAAAAAUCAAGCUUUCUUCCUUGGUUGGAAUGGUAAAGAGUACUGGUAUAAACACUAUGAUGUCCUGACCAUUAAUAAAGACUAUCGCUCUCAGAGCAUCUCCAAUGUCAAUUAUGAGCUAAACCAGGGAUCCUACAGUGAGGGAGGCAUAUCUAUAGUCUCUAGCAAAGUUACCAACCAUGAUUGUAGGACAGUGAAGAAGUCAACCACCUUAUCAGGAACUGUGACCUCUGAACAUACCUGGGAUGUGGGCAUUUCCUUUUCUCAGGGCAUAGGCUUUACAAUGACAGCAGGGAUACCUGAAGUCUUUGGAAUAUCAUGGGGCAUUUCAUCAGAGAAAACGUUCAACUGGACGAAAGGUUACACACAGAGUGAAUCGAUCACUUACUCUGAUACAGUUGAAGUUGAAGUCCCACCCAACCACAACUGUGAACUGGAAAUGGGUGGCAUGAAAAUGAGGGCAAGUAUUCCCUUCAAUGCCACUGCUACUCGUUAUUAUCAUAGUGGAGCAACCCGAAUUGCCCCCAUCCAAGGUACCAGUCACAAUGCAGUCGUGGCUCAGGUACGAACAGUGAUCAAGAGGUGUGAACCUAUCCCAGAUGCACCUCCAUGUAGUACACAAAUCCCAGAAGUGAUCUUCUAG